AUGAACGUCGGCAGUGAUAUCACGCAGUUAUCCUACAAGGAGCUGCAGGCCCUGGCCCUGAGGUAUCGCGUACCGGGUAACAUCAAGAAGAAAAUGCUGGUCAAAGUUCUACAAGCCGCUAGAAGCGGAAAUGAUGCAGAGUUUUGCCGAUUGUUACAAGAAUUAAGAAAGAAUCGCAAGAGGAAAACGAGGAAGUCAAAGGACUCGAAGCUCGGGAUAACAUCGACGCCGUUGCACAGUCCCGAUUAUGUAAUGACUGAUGACGACUAUUAUUGUCAGCAACAACAACAGCAGCCACAGCAACAAUCGCCUUAUCAGUGGUGCUUUCCAUUUUUGCAGAUCGGUGCCGAGGAGGAAAUAGUGAGUAAGGAGGAUGAUACCAAGAUCCCGCAAUAUGAGGAGUUUAAGCAGUUCCUACUCAAGAGAAUUCAACGAGAAUUCCAAGCGUGUGACAACAACAAUAAUCAAGUGGAAGAUCUGAAUAUUGUAGAUCUACGGACAACGUCGAUGUCGCCGAAUCUUCAAACGAUCCCUCUUGUCGAGCCGAGCUAUCCGAAAGUGAAUCUGAUCAACGAUACGGAUCCUCUUGCGAUCUCGUCAACUGAUAGAUCGAAUUAUCAAGUGCUGAAAGAACCUGAGGGAGGCUCGCAGGGUUCGUUUUUAUUAAAGAGAAUGUUACAGGCACCAGUAGGCGCCAAUCUAGGUGAAAUUGCUAGCUCUCUCUUCUGGGCUAGCAAUUUACUAGACAAUUCCGACACCCUAACCGCCGAGUCAGAGAAUAAUGAGAAUGAGAAUCAUCUGGACACAAAUACCAAUGAAUACUACAACUUGCUGAAGAAUUCUAGGGGCGAGUUCUUGCUAAACGAAGCGAACUUGGUGCCUCAGCAAGUUUCAAGUGUACUAACCAGUGACAAUCAAUACAGGUUUCCUAGUGACGUAGAUAAUCGGCCCAAUUCUUACCAGAAUUGGACAAUCACUAGCGUGGAAGUACCCGACGGUGAUCUACAGUCCUCUAACUCUCGCGUGUUUCACGCGAUUUAUUACAACAAUACGGAUCCCACUGUAGCUACCGCAAACACGGACAACAAUGUGACUUAUCAGUAUCAAACGGAGCCCCCCUGCAACAACGGUCAAAAUUUCUUUAACUUUGAUACGCAGAACGUCAAUUACACAACUGGCACAGACAUAAUGGCCAAUGAUACCUCCGAUAUUUAUUAUCUACAAAAUUUUGGCAAACACGGGGAGAUGGAUACGGGAUAUUUUCGCAACGUUGAUACCUUCGGACAGAAUAAUGUGCAGCAAAAUGUCUAUGCGAAUGAUCAACAGUAUCAAUACAUUUAUCCUCGUUUUACUCAGGAAACAAAGAAUCUAUUCAACGAAAGAUUCGAGCAACCGCAAAACAAUCUUGUGGCAGGAUUAGAACAUAAUAUUAAUCAAGAAAUUAGUAUGGGGAAUUUGCAGAGACCGGCAAAUGGAACAGUGGAAGCGUUCCGGCCAAAGUGGACUUCCGAGUCCAACAAUUUGGAGAACAUUCUGAAUUAUCAUCUAUCCAAGGAAGUAGAUUAUUCCAAAUUAAGUCAAACAUCCUGCGUCUAUUGCUACGUAGCUCCAAUCGUCUCGCAGCGAUCUAAUCUGGCAAUUAACGGCUGCUCGAUUCAACGAAGAUACACCGCUGAACAGCGACAACAUUCUUUUUCGCCUUACUGGAUGUUAUAUAACGACACAUCGCAAGGUAUGCGAAUGACGAAUGUGCCCAGCAAUCCACUCGAGCAACCAAUGUCGACACAUGCAACCAUCAUCACUAACAAUGAUGAUCUGAGAGAGAUUACUAACAACGCUCCCAUCAAUGAUGUGUGGAUGAAUCAGUACGAGCCGCCAUCCAUCGUUGACGACAUGAACAUUCAGGUUUCAGAUUCGCUCUUUUAUAGUGUUGAUCGAAUCGACGAUGUCCCGGACGCGCCGGAUAUAGCAAAGACUUAA